UGUAUGAAUAUAAAAUCAUCAUGAAAUUACGCCGAAACCAUAAAAAAACCCAACUGAGCAUCACUGAAAGACAUCGGUAUUUGCGGAAUCUAAAACAACAACAACAACUAAUAAAAUAAAACGUGAAAAUGUAAAUAAAAUUAAAAGAUAAUGGACAUAGCCAAAAUCGAUCUAAGCGUUGAGGCACUAAUUGGCUCCCUGGUGGCAUUGAGUGUAAUCUUUGCAUUCUGUCGCAUCAUUCUCUCCGAUGAUGCUGUCGUUUGCAUUUCCCGAAAAUCACGUCACAGUUGGAAAUCGAUAAGAAUACUGGAACAGGCCUGCUUCUGCAAUGUAUGUGAGAUUUUGUUGACUCCAUCGGCCGGAUUGUUUUGCGAUUGCUGCGGCCUGUGCACCCACUCAACACCACAAUGUCAACGUCAGGCCGAUCGGGAUUUUCGCUGCAAGGACAAAUGCUUGCGCAAUGCAAAGUCCGUUCAACACUUAUGGGUGCAUGGCAAUUUGCCAAUGAAUGUCAAUUGUUCGACAUGUGGCGAGGAAGUGGAUCAUCAUACGGCCACCUGCACGGAUACGGAUCCAGAGCCUGGGCUAGAUGGCUGGCGAUGUGCCUGGUGUCAGCGUUGCUAUCACAACAAUUGCUUUAAAAAGUUGGAUUUGUCCACAUCUUGUGAUUUGGGUGAAUUCAAGGACAUGAUUUUCCCACCAUAUUCCAUUGUGGCAGCGCGGACACGAGAAUCGAUGCGUUUGCAUUUGGCUGCUAUACAUCCGCCGGAUAUAGAGAACUGGGAGCCGCUGCUGGUGAUAGCGAAUACUAAAUCUGGCAGCAGUACGGGAGCUAAUGUCCUGUCGCUGCUAAGGGGUUAUCUCAAUCCCUUGCAGGUCAUGGAACUGGGCUCACGCGGGCCCCAGGAUGCUUUGCAAUGGGUGGCCAAGACUAGUCCGCGUCCCUGUCGUAUACUAGUGGCCGGUGGCGAUGGUACCAUCGGUUGGGUAAUGAAUACAAUAUAUGCCCUGCAAAUCAAACCGCAACCAUCGGUGGCCAUCAUGCCGCUGGGCACUGGCAAUGACUUGUCACGCGUCUUGGGCUGGGGCCCGGAGCCUCCUUCGGAUCUUGAUCCUGUACAGAUAUUGCGCAGCAUUCGCCGUGCUCGUUCCAUAAAUUUGGAUCGUUAUGAUUUGCAAAUCGAAAAAUUACACUAUCGUCUGCCCAUCCAGAGGCAUCCGACAAAGACCAUCCAUGUCUACAACUAUUUUAGUGUGGGAGUCGAUGCUUAUAUUACCUAUAAUUUCCAUAAGACGCGGGAAUCGCGUUUCUAUCUGCUUAGCAGUCGGAUUUUCAAUAAGAUGUUGUACUUCUGCUUUGGCACCCAGCAAGUGAUGCAGCCAGAUUGCGAAAGGAUUAACCAAAAGCUCAUCUUACAUUUGGAUAACAAGCUCAUCGAUUUGCCCGAGCUGCAGGCUUUGGUCUUUCUCAACAUCGACUCCUGGGGGGCAGGAUGCAAACUCUGCGAACUAAGCAACUCCGCCGAGGGCGAAGUACGUUGGCAAAAUUCCAUUUCGGAUGGUGUUAUGGAAGUCUUUGGCAUUGUCUCCUCCUUUCACAUAGCCCAAUUACAGUGCAAUAUAAGUAAACCAGUGCGCAUUGGUCAGGCCAAACAGAUACGUUUGCAAGUCAAUGCCACCGUUCCCAUGCAGGCCGAUGGCGAGCCUUGGAUGCAAUCACCAGCAGAUAUACGUCUGCAGGCCAGAAGUCAAGCUAGGGUUCUCAAACUAGAGCCGGAACCUAAGAGCAGGAACAGUAGCAACUAAAUGAAUUUGAAUCUCUUCUCCUUAGUGUGCCAGCGUCUCCGAAACAAUAACUAUGUACUUACACCCUCCUCCUAAGAUUAUUUUCUUACUUGGCAGAGCAAAUCCUAAGUCAAAUUCCUACGAGAAUCUCUUCAAGAAUUUGGUUUUUUCUAAUCCAAAAUUUUUUUGUUAAACAACUUUAGAGCUUAAAUUCAACUUGACUACGUCCACGGUUUCCAACAUAUUCUUAGAAUUUUACACUAUUUUCAAGUUUUGUUCUAUUAUAAUAUUCAAAAUUAUAAGACAAUA